AUGCUGCCAUGGCUGCUCUGGCCGGCGCUUCUCGCCCGCCCUUCGCUCGGACAACAAAACUUCACGCGCGGCCAAAAGUUUCAGAUCAUACUACUAGGUACACCGGACACGUCAAAGAUGCCUAUUGCGCCGACGGACGCCCCGGUAUGGGACGUUGAUCUCUUCGACACCGACGCGUCGUCCAUCAAGGCAUUGCAAGCUGCGGGAAAGAUAGUAAUAUGUUAUUUCAGCGCCGGCACCGUGGAGGAUUGGAGAGAUGAUGCGAAAGAUUUCCCCGCGGCCGAUGUAGGAAAAGUCCUACCAGAAUGGCCGGAUGAGAAGUGGAUACGAGUGGGAAGCCAGAAGAUCAGGGACAUCAUGGCGAAGCGCAUAAAGACGGCUGGAGACAAAGGGUGUGAUGCUAUAGAUCCAGAUAAUACAGAUGGCUACCAAAACGACAACGGCCUAAACUUGAAGGACACCGACGCAAUCAGCUACGUCCAGUGGAUGCAGCAAGAAGCGGCGAAAUACAACAUGGACAUUGGGCUCAAGAACAGCAUCGACAUCAUUGACAGAGUAUCUACAAUAGUCGAUUUCGCUGUGAACGAGCAAUGCGCACAACUAGGCGAAUGCGACAGAUACACCACCUUUCUCGCCACAAACAAGCCAGUCUUCCACAUCGAAUAUCCGGCUCCGCUCAACACCAGCGCAGCCAGAUCGACACUCUGCACAGGACCUGGAACGACCGGAAUGAGUACCGUCUUGAAGAAUCUAGCGCUGGAUGGUCCGACAGUAUACUGUGAUGGGUCGCAGGUCGAUACGCCCACGAAGGGUGGAACAAGUCCGCCGCGGCCUUCUCCUUCUUCCAGGCCCCCCAACCCUCCGAGGCCGACAUCCACACCUUCGAGGCCGACGUCCACACCUCCAAGGCCGACAUCCAAUCCCCCGAGGCCAAGCACGACACUUAGGCCCUCUUCGACGCAGAGACCCAGCUCCACGCGAGCUUCGAGUGCAAGACCAACGAGUACACCGGGUAACCCUGGGAAUCCAGGAGGUGGGUGCAAGUCGAAGCAUUGGGAUCAAUGCGGUGGUCAAAAUUGGAACGGGUGCACAGUUUGCGAGUCACCGUAUACGUGCAAAGGAGUUUCGCCGCCGUAUUACUACCAGUGUUUAUAA